CCAAAUCCACCCGUAGGAAGACAGAACGACAGAGAGAAACGGGAGAGACACAGAGCAGAUUAGCGUCGUCGUUGCCUUCGUCCCUGUUGCCUUCGUCUCUGUCUUCGUUACCGACCUCGCUGUUUUGUGGUUGGCUUAGUCGUCAUCAACAUCAUCUUCUCGUCUUCACGAACUGUGUACAGGAAAUGACAAAACCAAAAAAAACAUGUAAAGAAUUGGUAGAAGUCCAUGAAGCUCGGCCAAUAAAACUUAUUUUGCCUUCACAGAAGAUGAGAAUGAAGCAGUCACCACUAAAAAGGACAACGCAACCAAGUCCAAAAAAGGCAGAACAAAAGAAGGCUUCCUCUCCCCCUAAAAAACAGACAACUUUGAUGAAAGCAUCCACUGAAAAUGUUCAGAGUCCAAGAAAGAGAACAAGAACAGAUGAGGAAGAGGAAGAACAUAAAGAUGAGCAGGGUCCGACAAAGAGAAUAACAAGAUCUCUUACACAAGAAGAGAGAAGGCCUCAGAAAACGAACAAGGAGUUUAAGGGAAAGGGACUUAGCCCUGUUAAAAGUUCAAAGGUGCAGAAGAAAAACAAAAUACAUAUUCAGAAGAAACGAAAAGAAGAAGUGAAAGAAGAAGAAGAGGGAGAAGAGGAGGAUAAAGAGGGAGAACAUGAAGAAGAAGAUGAUUAUGAAGAAAAAGAUGAUGAUGAUGAUGAUGAAAGAGAAGAAGAAGAACAGCUUCAAAAACAAACAACAAAGGGUGCCCAUCCUAAAUCCAGGUCUAGUCAAAAGACUCAAACUCAGAAUUCAAGGGUUAAGGAAGUUGGACAGAAAAUGAAGUUGGAGAUGAAGAAAGAGAAACUGGUGAACAAAGGGAAAAUGAAAAAAAAGGUCAAGAAAGGGAAAGUGAAGAAAGGGAAGAAAACAUGGAAGAAAGAGGUCAAGAAAGAGAAAGUGACUGUUCAGUAUAGAUCAAAUAUGCAAAGUUUUGCGAAACUUGUGAAAGGCAUAAAGUUCUCAAAUCUCCAAAAAGAGAAGAUCAGUAAAACGCCGUUUGCUAAUCUUGUGUUUGGAGUGGUUGACGGGGAGUUAGAUGAGGCAUACUUGAGGAAAACCGAUCUGGACGCUCUUUUGCUAGUACAACAAUAUGAAGGACGUGGAGGGAGGUUCAAUCUAGGAAAUAAAUCAGUGAAGAUAACAGCGGAAGAGUUUGCCCUUGUAUUUGGCAUCCAGUCUGGGCCCAACAGAAUUAAACCAUCAACAAAACCAAGGAUGCCAAAUACAGAAUUUGCUAGUAAAGUUUGUCACGAGGGACAGAGGAUAAUGACAACAUCAAGUCUGAGGACAUACUUCCAGCAAAAAAAAGAGUGAUGAAGCUGCAACGGAUGUAGCACGUGUGCUAACCCUGUUUCUUAUCGUGGCUGUGUUUCUCCCAAGCACACAAUCGAGGUUGAGCUGGAGUUUCAUGGAGUACGUUGAAGAAUUGGAAAAGAGCACCUCCUAUGCCUGG